AUGGUAGUAAACGAGGGGGCUGCUUCUGCUGCUUCUGUUGCUCCAGCAGCAGCAGCAGCCAUACGGCAGCAGCAGCAGCAAGAACAGCAGCAGCAGGAGGAUGGCCCUUGUGUUUCUUCGUUUGCUUCCCGCAGCAACAGCCGCAACAACAGCCGCAACAACAGCCGCAGCAACAGCCACAGCAGCAGCAUCAGCAGCAGCAGCACCAAUAACAACAUCAGCACCAUCUGCACCAGCAGCAGCUGCAGCAGGGGUAGCAGCAGGCUAUGGUUAUGUUCUUGUGCAGUAGGCCUCUUUGUUGUUGCUGCAGGGUUUGCUGUCUGUGCUGCAGCAGCAGCACUGCAGCCGCUGCAGCACGAGUUCAAACUUUGCGGCAGCAAAUUCGCAUGCUCAGAGAAAGGAGCAUUUGUUGCUGUCUUAGCACCAGGAGCAGCUGUUGGAAGCUUAGUGGGGGGUUAUAUAGCGGAUAGAAUUGGCCGUUGGUGGUCUCUAUUCAGUAGCUCAAUUCUCUUCCUUCUUUCUACAGCUAUCAUUGUUCUUGCACCAACUUAUCCACUGGUCUUAUUAGGACGUGCCUUCCAAGGUGUGUUUGUAGCGGUGGGGUUGGUCGUCAGUUUUACAUUUGCUGCGGAGAUCGCGCCCGCUAAAUUAAGAGGAUCUUUUGUUGCACUACAGGAGGUUCUUCAGUGUACAGGUUGCUUUUUGCCAUAUCUUGUUGCCUGGGCUAUCCCUGGUUUAAGUUGGCGAGGACUUGUUGGCAUUGCUGCUCUAUUUACUAUUUUAAUGAUAUGUUGUUUGCCACUGCUGCCUGAGAGCCCUCGUUAUCUGCUGCUGCAGCGGGAAGCAGCAGCAGCAGAACGAGCAAUGAUAAGAUUAGGGUAUUCGGAGCAGCAGCGGCAGCAGCUGCUGCAGAGCGUGCAACAUCAGCAGCAACUGCAGCAGCAAGAGCAGCAGGAGCAGGAGCUUCAGCAGCAGCAGCAGCAGCAGCAGCAGCAAUUGGGUCUAUGUGACUUAGAGACUGUAUGCAGUGAGGAGAGCGCGCCUGUGCCCGCAGCAGCAGCAACAGCAGUAGCAACAAAACCGGGAGCGAAGCAAGCAAACCAUCACCACUCCAGCUUGCUGGGGCGUUAUCCUGUUUACUAUUUGCUGAUUCUGUUGGCCGUCGUGUUUUAUUAUUGUGGGGAGCCGGAGGAAUUUUUGCUACUCAUAUGGGCCUAUCCGCAUUGGGUCUCGUGCGGCGGCAAUUGCUUCCUGAGGCUCUCUCCUCCUCGUCACCGUGCCUUAGGAGUAGGGUUAGCGAGUACUUGUGGUUGGGGGGUUUCGAUCUUCUUUCAACUUUAUGGCGAACCUCUCUUGGUCUAUCUUGGACCCGACAUUGGUUUUUUGUUGUUUGCAAUAUUAUCUUUGGUAGUUUUUUUCUUUACUUCUUUUUUUGUUCCUGAAUUAAAAGGAAAAGAAUUACAAGGGUCUACUGUAGGAUGA